AUGCGGAGACCAGAAGUCUCAAGAGUCCUGGAGAGCAAGGAUGCUAGCUUGACAGAAGGUGACAGUGCUGGUGAUGAUCAGAGGCGAGCAGACUUGAGAGAGAUUUGGGAGGUAGACUCAGAAAGAUGUGGGGAUAGAUUACCUAUUGGAGGAAAGGAGAAAGGGGAGCACACGGUGGUGGUAAAAGAGAGCAGGAAGAAUGACUUCAUGUACAAACAGGAACCUCAGUCUUUUUUCAGGUUCCGGUCUCCCAGUGUUAUGCAGCACUUAGCUCAUGAAGUUGAUGUAAGGAUUAAACAGGAUGAUAUAUGUAAAGUUCUUAGACUCAUGCGUGACAGGUACAGGAUGAAGAUGGGAGGAAAACAGAAAAGACAACAUCUAUGGAAUGUUCCACAGAUUCCUUGCAUUCGAGUCCCUCACUCUGUCUCUGAUAUUUCACUGUUGAAGGACCUAACCCAAGGGCAGCAGCGCUACUUUUACAGCAUCAUGAGGAUUUACGAUGCCAGGGCCCAGUGGGUGGCCCUGCAGACCUGCUAUGUUCAUGGGCUUCAGCAACAGCAGCUGCUUGGCUAUAUUACUCAACAGGAGGCCUUGCCUUGUGCUGCCUUACUUAGAGAUUCAACCAAAAGAGCCUCAGCCAAGGCAGGUUGUCAUAGAACCAUCUCCCAGAGAGCCUCAGGCAGGACAAGAACACGGCCCUCAGCACUACCUGUGUUUCUGGUUCCACUCAGGGCCCAAAGCACAGGGCUCUGAUCCCUCAGGACCAAGGCUUUGCACAAGCUCUGA